UAUUUAAAAUAUGAAAUAUUUGUAUUGUAUAUAUUUAUAAUGCUUGCACACGUGUUAAAUCAUCGUGACUUAUCACGUAAGGAAUACGUCAGAUUAAUAUGUAGAUAUGUAUAAUAAGUGAAUGUACAAGUAUUUAUAUCAUGGUUACAAAAUAAAUUAUCUUAAGAAUGAAUGAUAAUUACGAACAAUUGACUGUCAAAGAUGUAACUAGUUAUGUUGCAUCCUUAACAAUAAUAUUUGGUGGUAUUAUACCGUAUAUACCACAAUAUAGAGAAAUUAAAAGAAAAAGAGAUGCUGAAGGAUUUUCUUUAUAUGUUUGCCUGACAUUAUUAAUUGCAAACACUCUCCGCAUUUUAUUUUGGUUUGGUAAACAUUAUGAGACACCUCUUUUAAUUCAAAGUAUUAUAAUGAUCAUUACAAUGUUUACUAUGAUCAAGCUUUCUGUCAAUGUACAUAAUAAAAGUCAAAUAAUUAAAUUAAAAGAACGAGUAUUUACAGAUUUGGAGACAAGAUUCUUUUGGAAAUGGACAGAUUUCCAAUCUUAUUUGGAUUUUAUGCUGUUAUUUGCUAUUAUAGGUGGAAUAUUAAUGUAUUGGUUUAUAGAUGUACCAAUAUUUGUAGAAAUCGUAGGUUUCCUUGCAGUAUUAAUAGAGGCAAUGCUUGGAGUACCACAAUUUUUACGUAAUUUUUAUAACAAAUCUACGAGUGGAAUGAGUAUAACGAUGGUUAGUAUGUGGACACUGGGUGAUCUUUUUAAGACUUGUUAUUUUAUACUGCGAGAAGCUCCAGUUCAGUUUGAAGUAUGUGGUGCUCUUCAAAUUCUAAUAGACAUCGCGAUACUAACACAAGUUUAUAUUUAUGAAAAGAAUACAUCAAUUCAUUCUCAAGUUAUUGCACGAGCUGAUUAGUUUGUUAGGAAUAUAUUAUUAAUUAGGUUCAUUUUUAUAAACAUAAUUUAUCAUAAACAGUGGAAUAAAUUAUUUUUGUAAGUUUGUAUAAAUCUAACUUGUAUAAACGCAUGUUUUGUAAAUAUGUGAACUAAUAUUUCAAGGUCCAACAAACAGAAUUAUGUGUAAAUUUUUGAUAAUCAUUUUAAUACUAAUACUUAUUUGAUAAUAUUAUGUAGACAUUAAUCUUUUAAAUGUCAAGUUUGUACAAAUUUACAAUUAUUCUUUUUUAAUUAAGAUUGUAUAUAUACCUAUAAAUAUCCAUAACUAAAUAUAUUAAGAACUUAUAAUGAAGAAAUAAAUUAGAAAAAUAUAUGGAAAAUUACGUAAAAGAAACAAUUAAGCAUUUGUUUAUAUUUGAUAUAUUGUGCAAUGGUUUAAGAACGAUAUAUAGACAUGAGGAAUCGAAAAUUGUGAUUAAUUAAAUAUUGUAUAUUAUUGUGUUUUAUAUCAAAUUUAAGUACUAAUGUUUGUUUGAAUACAAGUUUUAAUAGUUUUACAUGAUUUUAAUUAUUAACUUUAAACAAUUAAAUGGUUUAGAAAAAUUACUUUCAUUGAUUUAUAAUGUAAAAGAAUUCUAUAAAAUAUUCCAAAUUUGUUACUUGUUAGAGCUGAUAUAUGUAAAUACAGUAUUUUUCAUAAAUAUUAUAUAUAAAUCGAUAUUUAUAUUAUAUUAAAUGUUAACAAUUGAUUUUCUUUUGAGAUUUUGUACUUUUAGAGUCAAUAUAUUGAAAGAUAACAGAUACAUAUGUAAUUUUUUAGUUACAUUUGUAUUAUUAAUACUGCAUACAAUGUCAGAUUUAACAAAGUUAUUAAAUACAAUUCCUUAAUUUAAAUUUAAUAUUAAGGUUUCUUUUAAUCAUUAUAUAUCUGUACGAACAUUUGUGUCUAUAGAUAGAAUAAUUACGAAACAAAGACGAUUAUAUUCGUUUUUCGGAUGAAAAUAAAAAGAAAGUUAUAGAAGAUUGAGUUGAUGGGUAUAAAAAUGUUUAUUGUUCUAUGAAUUUAUUUUUUUCAUGAAAUCAGUCAUGUAAUUUCAUUUGAACAAUUUGCAAUUGCACUUUUUAAUACAUUAUUAUACUUAUGAAAAACGUAGUUUCAUAGAAAAGUAAAUAUUUUUAUAGUCUUCAACUUUAUUCUUUACCAUUUCUUUUAUUUGUAUUCAAAAAGAUAUAGACAUAAUUCUAUUGUUACUCACCCUGUAUAACGUGAUGUAAAAAAUUUGUUUAUAUAUAGCCUAAUGAUACAGAGAAUGUCUUACGAUAGUUUAUAUACUAGGCUUUUGAUUACUAAUUACAAGGGUCCAAGAAUUUCUUUUAAUUAAAUAAUCAACCAUUUAUUCCAUUUGUGUUAUUUAACACGAAACUAGGUAUAGUUUAUAUUACUUAUAACUUGUGUUAUAGAUAAUUUUUGUCUACUUCUAAAAACAACCAAAACGUUAAAAAUAAUUACAUAAAUGCAUAUAAAGAUAGAUAAAUAGCUGCUUAGGUGAUAUAUAUAUAUAUAAUAACUAAAUAAAUAAUAUUCCUAAAAUGCUUUAAGACUUAAAUUUACAAUACUUAAUAUUAAUUCUAAUUAUAUUAAAUGUAUUACCAAUAGUAAUACACAAUAGCACAAUAUAUAAUAAAUAUAUUGAAAGCCAUAUAAUACUACAAAAAUAUUUACAAUGUUGCAUUACAUUAUAACGAGGCUGAUGAUUUUCAACAUUUUACAUGUGUAUCAAUAGUUUAUAAUAAUAACUUAUAAAUUUAUUUUUAUUUUUAUGACAAUAUUGAGAUAGAUAAAAUGUCUGUUACUACUUCAAUAAAAAUCUUAUUAUACAACAUAAAA